AUGUCCUCGGAACGAAGGGCGGAAGCAGCAGAUCCACCUUCGUCGGGGAUUCCUCCGAGUUCCCUUCCAUGGGGACAGAUACCUCGUUUUGAUCCGUCAACGACGGACUUGAGGGUGUACACCCAGAAGUUGCAGUUCCUGCAUCAGGUGUGGCCGACUGAAUACAUAGAGCAUUUGGCGCCACGGGCGGCCUUGCUGGUGGAGGGUGCCGCAUUCCAAAAACUGGCAAGACUUGAUGCACAGAAACUGAGAUCAGCGGAUGGGGUGAAGAUCCUCAUUGAGACCUUGGGGGGUGCCUGGGGUCGCACAGAUCCUGAGGACACCUAUGACUUGUUUGAGCGAGCAUUGUACUCAGUGAGCCAACGAUCUGAUGAAACAAACGACAGCUACUUGGCCAGGCACGACACGGUGUUCGAAGACUUGCUGUCGAAGAAGAUCACACUGGCCGACGUACGGGCAUAUGUGCUCGUCAGACAAUCGAACCUGAGCUCUGAUGACCGAAAACGGAUCAUUGUAGACAACCAGGGCCAACUGACCUAUGAGCAAGCACGGAAGAGCCUGAGGCUCCUUGGGUCAAGAUUCUUCCAGGACCUUCAGGGGAAUCGAGCCAAUCAUGGCAAGAAAACAUAUGAGGCCUACCAGCUUGAUGAACCUGAGGACAAUCAUCAAGCGGCCUUCAUGCAGGAGACCGAGUCCAUGGAGAUCGACGAGGAGCAGAUCUUUCAGCUUCUUGCCGACCAAGGUGACGAAGAUGCGGUGUUCAUCUCUGACUUUGAGGAUCAGAUUGUGGACGCCAUCCAGGAUCACCCAGGCUUGUCACAGUGCUUCUUGAGCUAUCAGGAGGCCCGUGCUAGGGGGUUUCUGGCCAGUGAAGGGAAAGACCAAGGGGAAAGGAGGCAAGAAGGGAAAACCGUCAUGGACACCAGCCAAUGGAUCGUCGCGGACCGGAUCGCCAACUCCACAUGCAGGGCCUAUGGACAGCCCGGGCACUGGAAGAGGGAGUGCCCAAACCGUCCGGAUGUCAAAAAGAAUGAAGCCACCAACAUCACUGAGGAGAUCCACCUUGGCACCGAUGACGUCGCCGCCGACAUCUUCGAGGUGGUAUCCGAACUCCCAGAAGAUGCAGUCUCUUGGAGCCAGGAUCUUCACGAUCAGCAACUGACAUUCAGGAUCGACCCGAAGCUCAGCACCACAGCGCAGUAUCCCGAGUCGGCGCCGGCAGAAAUUCAGCGUCCACCGGGGAUCUCCACUCUUCGAGAGUGGGGUCAGCUGAAAGUGCCAUCGGGAAAGUUUGGGGGAAAGACAUUCGAACAGGCACACAGCGAUCUAUGCUAUGUUCGACAAAUGUGGAAUCGGAAGGCGGUAUCCGCCUGGGUUCGAAGUUUUCAGAUGUACUGCAGAGCCCGAAGUCAGGCCACCCACGAGUAUGCCUACAAGAUGCAGGAGCAGGGGAUCGAAGUGGAUUUGGUCAAACACCUGUCACAGGUAUCGACUGGGGCGAACAGCAGUUUCAAUGCCGAGCCCAAGCCGAUCAGCAAGCCCAAGACCCCGAUCGGUGUGACACAGGAGAAAGACAAAGCUGGAGAGUGGAUCAAGAUCGAAGAGGAGAUGAAGUCAACGAACGAGCACAGCCGAGCUCCCAAGAGGGUGAAUUCCAAGCCAAAGGCCUCAGCCAUGGCAGUGGAACCCAACCAUCAUCGGGUUCAGGAGAUUCGCACACAGAUUGCGAUCCUGGAGCGGGAGCUUGCCAAAGAAGUCCAGAUCCCCGAAGAGGAGGAGCUGAUGUCUGGAACAUAUGAAGCCAAAUUUGACAUGUGUGAGGAUUUGUUUGGGGAGUUUCAAAUGAUGGUGCCGGAGCUGCAACUUAAGCUUGUUAUGCUGUGCAGAGGAACUGAGAGGAUUGUUCCCAAAAGUGGCCCUGAUUUUGAAAGCUUAGAGCCUGGUCAGAAGUCGGAUCUGAGAAGACUUCAUGCCAACUUGGGACAUCCACACCCGGGGAAGCUUGCAAAACUCCUCAUCGAACAGGGUGCUGACGAAGCCGUGGUGAAAGCCGCUCGGAGGAUAAUGGACGAACAAAUCAAGCCUGCGUGUAAGAACUUUGUUCAACUUGAGGGUGUUCCUGAAGAGGAGGACGAAACCUCCGUGACCAACCCCAUCAGUGGGAUUCCUGGCAGUGCCGCUGAUGGAAGUCAGCCAGAGGGCGAGAUUUUCCCGUCUGCGGCUCCGUCGUCUGUUUCGCCGUGCCCAUCUCUUUUGGAUGACAGCCCUGAAACUCCAGAGGAAGGACUGGACUUUAAUGCCCCAAUUGAAACACCGGUUCCAGAGGCAAAGAACAAAGAGAUAGAUGCCUGGGUAAAACAUGAGACUGUGAAGAAAGUUGCAAGAGGCACACUUAGGGAUGACCAGAUAAUGCGUUGCCGCUGGAUUCUGACAUGGAAGCCCCCAGCUCCUGGCACAAGCGAACGACGCGCCAAAGCGCGCUUAGUGGUUUUGGGUUUCGAGGAUCCCCAAAUUUCUUCCAUCUCUGCUGAUGCUCCCACUUUGUCCAAGGAUGGCAAGCAGCUAGUGUUGCAACAGGUAGCCAGCAAUGGAUGGCGCUUAGUAAAUUUUGACAUUGCAACUGCCUUUUUGAAAGGACAGGGAGAUGGAAGAGCCUUGGGUCUUCAUGCACCAAAAGAGCUCAAAGAAGCCAUUGGUAUGGGGCCAAAUGACCAAUGCAGCCUUCUCGGAGGAGCCUAUGGCCGUGCUGAUGCCCCAAUUUUGUGGUAUCGAACACUGCGAAAGCCGGACAUUUCAGCGAAAGUUGGUGAACUUCAGGCAGCCAUUCCAUGUGGUCGUGUAGAGCAUUUGAUUUUGGCCAAUCGGGUGUUGUUUGAAGCGAAAACAAAACCUGUGAAUCUGAUGAUAAUUCCGAUUGCCGAGUCCAAGGUGACCUUCUGUGCAUUCUCAGAUGCCUCUUUUGAAUCUGGAAAUGGCAACCCAACGAGACAAGGCACCUUAAUUUUCACCACGGAUGGCAAUCUCGCAAAGAACCAGCGAACAGUGAUUUGUCCAAUGGCAUGGUCAUCAAAGAAGAUUCCGAGGGUCGUGCGUAGCACGUUAAGUGCAGAAUCGGUCGCACUGGGGUCCACGUUGGACCGGUUGAGUUGGUUGAGGGUAUUUUGGGAAUGGAUGAAGAACCCUGGAAUUGACUGGUCCCAGCCUGAUGUGAUUUUACGACGGGCUCCUCAUGCAACAGUGGCAACCGACUGUAAGUCAGUGUAUGACUUAUCAACCAAGACCUCAACACCUUCGUGCUCGGAAUACCGCACCACCUUGGAAUGCUUGCUCAUACGAGAGCGUCUUCGUGAAAACUGUGGUCUUAGGUGGGUCAACAGUAGGGCCAUGUUGGCUGAUUGUUUAACCAAGUCAAUGGAUGGCGAUGCUCUGAGACAAGCUUUGAUGAUCGGACAAUAUGCUCUGUUUGACGAGCAUGAAGUGCUCAAGGAACGAGCUGACAAAC